AGAUGAUAGUGCAGAAUUACGGAUCUGUGAAAGACGAAAACAAACAUGUUCAACAAGAACUCGCCACCAUUAGGGUAACGAUUGUUCCUCGGUUGCCUAUAUAAAUCUGGAGUUUAUAAUUAGGGCUAACAUUUGGAGACAAAUGACCAAAACGAAAAGGUCAGUUUGAUGUGAUUAAUCCAUCUGUGGUUCUCUGUUUUAGCUUCCAUCUGUAGUUCUUGAUGAACCACAGAGAGGAAUUCCAGACCCUUUCUUCCCCGAACAAAGAAAAAAACAAGAAGACAAGUAUAGAGACCUAAUUACUCAGUUUUUGCAACUGUAAAAUAAGCAGUAACUAUUCGAUUUACCAUUAAUGAAAACAGGAAAAGGUUUAUUCCUUAUUAUUAUUUUAUUAAACGAUAUUUAUUUUAUUAAUGAACAUACAAGUAAGAUUACAACCAUCUGUAUCAUUAAGAUUAUAUUCUGAUCCAAGAUUUGGAUCCCCCUUUUCAAAAUCCGUCAUCCGACCCUAAUGAACGUCUUUCUUCGAGACUGUUUUGACAUUUUAUCCAAUGUGAUUAUUUAGUGACGUAGCUGUUUGUUUUUCCUGUCGACUUGAUGAACAUUUAGCAACUCAUGUUUCAGAGCUAAGUCAAAGAAUGGAGGAAGAUCUCUCCGUGAGAAGCUAGAGAAGAUUGGUUUAAACCUUCCCGCGGGAAGACGGAAGGCUGCCAACGUCACACUUCUUACUUCAAUGGUAGAAGGCGAAGCUGUCCACAUGGCACGAGAUUUUGGGUACGUGUGUGAGACGGAGUUUCCUUCCCGCCAGGUGGCAGAAUAUCUGUGCCGUCACCACGACAACGAUGCAACGGAAAUGUACAGAAGAAAAGAACUCAUACUGGCUACAAAACAAACUUUGAAAGAGUUUGUUGACCUCCUAAAUCAAGACAGGUCACCUCUGUGCAAUACUAGGCCUCAAAUCAUCUUGGACCCUAACGUCCAGUGCCAUCUGACGCAAUUCUCCCUUAUAACUCACGGGUUCGGUAGUCCAGCGGUGGUCGCUGCUCUUUCCACAGUUCAAAACAUUCUCACAGAGUCACUCAACUACAUUGAAAGUCACUUGAACAAUUAUCAGACUUCAGCCACCGCCUUCGUUUCGGGAAAUGGUGUCGAUGCCAAAAAGGAAGACAGUGAAUAAGGAAGAUUAAAUAUUUCAUCUCCACCCGUUGGCCCUGAAGGAUAAAAUAAUCCUUCAAAUGCUCAAAAAAUAUCUAGGAAAGGACUAUAAUGUCAUGCUUAGCAGUUAUAAUUUAAGUAUCAGUGCAUUAGUUGACACCGGAAUAGAAAACAUUUGACGGUGGCGCCAUCUUGUGCUCAAUUCAACUACCAGGUUUAGUACUUUUCAUAUUUGUCAAUAAGAGUUGUCGGGUAAAAUACUGCCAAAUCGUCGGACCUUUUUUUUUUUUGCCAUAAGUACUUGAUACCAAAUUUUGGUGCUGCUUAGACUAACACAUAAAGAUAAAGAUAGAAAGAAAAUGAAACAAUGGAAACAUAUAAUGAAGAAAGACAGAGAGAAAGAAUAGAUAAGAUUUCGUGAGUUUUUAUCGUAAGACAAUUUGAGAAAAUAAAGUAUAAUCGUGUUUAGUGUCUCAGACUUGCAAAGAUAAGAUAUUCAUUUUUCUGUUAUCAAAUGUUUUCUUUACGUAGAUAUUUUCUAUAUUCUAUUACUUUCAGUAACAACAAAUUAAAAAAACUAAAAAGUACCACAGAAAGAAACACUUUUCUUGCAUUGUUGGAAUAACAGAAGUAGAAAAUAUUCUUAAAAAAUUUAGCUUCAUAAGAAGAGAUCUAAUAAACAAAUAAUUUAUGACUAAGCUAAUUGGUGAAGAUUAAGCCUUUUUAAAACUAUUUUAAAUAUAGACUUUUUUUUUGCGUUGACUUUCAACUCAGUGUAUUACUAGUUUUAAAUAGAAAUAAUUUUUGUAUAAAUUAAAUUUAGAAUCUGAUUACAUUGAUUUUUUUUUUAUCUUUAAAACAAAAAUUCUGAGUUCGUUUGUACAAACAUUGAAAUUCCAACAAAAGGCUUGGAUUGUUUGAUGAUAAGUACAACCUUAGCCAAACUGCGCAUGUCGAUGAAAUAUACCUUAUUUGGUAAGUUGCUAAAAUAAUAAUCUUCUUGAAAAUGUUCGUUUCACCUCAGGUUCGUGGGCAAAAAUUAAUUUUGCAGGUAUUCUAUGAACAUUUUGCCUCCUCCUAGCGGUAUGUCUGCGGAUUUACAAAGCUAGAAACCGGGUUACGAUACCCGUGGUGGGCAGAUCACGUGUGGUUUUGUACUUAAACUACAAACAUUUUAUACAUAGCUUCACGACCACAGUCACAUUUAACGGCUGUGGGUAUAAAAGACGCAAGUCUACUAAUCCAACUAAUUAAUCACUUACUAAAACUUUCACCUUAUGUGUUUUAAACGUUAAAUAAUUUUCCUCGUUUUCAGUCUAACUGAUUAAUUUUGUUCCUAACAUAAAGUACCGGGCCAAUAGGGAGUCCUGAAACUAAAUUGUCGUUAAGAAUAGAGGAGCCUAUCAGCAUGUAUGUGUCAAAAGACUUAAAUAACAAUAGUUGUGUGAAUACUAGCAAUAGACUGAUAACGUAGAAAUCACAAUUUGUUUCAAACGUAUAUAUUUACAACUAUGUUAAUAUUCUGCACGAGAAACACAUCAUCGAGUUACAAAAUAUUGUUCAUAUACGACACCACUGAGUUACAAAAUAUUGUUCAUACUCGACACCACUGAGUUACAAAAUAUUGUUCAUAUACGACAACACUGAGUUACCAAAUAUUGUUCAUAUACGACACCACUGAGUUACAAAAUAUUGUUAAUACUCGACAACACUGAGUUACCAAAUAUUGUUCAUAUACGACACCACUGAGUUACACAAUAUUGUUCAUAUACGACACCACUGAGUUACACAAUAUUGUUCAUAUACGACACCACUGAGUUACAAAAUAUUGUUCAUAUACGACACCACUGAGUUACAAAAUACUGUUUAUAUACGACACCACUGAGUUACAAAAUAUUGUUCAUAUACGACACCACUGAGUUACAAAAUAUUGUUCAUAUUCGACACCACUGAGUUACAAAAUAUUGUUCAUAUUCGACACCACUGAGUUACAAAAUAUUGUUCAUAUACGACAACACUGAGUUACACAAUAUUGUUCAUAUACGACAACACUGAGUUACAAAAUAUUGUUUAUAUACGACACCACUGAGUUACAAAAUAUUGUUCAUAUUCGACACCACUGAGUUACAAAAUAUUGUUAAUACUCGACAACACUGAGUUACAAAAUACUGUUCAUAUACGACACCACUGAGUUACAAAAUAUUGUUCAUAUACGACACCACUGAGUUACAAAAUAUUGUUCAUAUUCGACACCACUGAGUUACAAAAUAUUGUUAAUACUCGACAACACUGAGUUAC